AUGGGACUUCUCUUCUCCAGAAGCUCGUGGAAGUUGGUGUCGUCGUCAACACGAAUAUGGCAACAAACAUCACUGUAUCUGUUAUUUGUAUCUGUAUCACUGGUUUUAAAUUUUUAUGCAAAACACAGUAAUAGAAAAGAGUCUCCUGAUUCCAGAGGAAAUCCAGGUACAGUAGCUCCAGGAAAGACGGGGUUACAGGAGUCGUGUAGACCACCGAAACGGAAAAGGACUAGGAUGACGAUCUGUACUUAUAACGCCCGUACGCUUGCAUCGGAUGCGGCCAUUGAAGAUCUGAUGAUGCAAGCUAGGAUGAUUAAGUACGACGUCAACAAAACGACUGAAACGAGACGACGCCAGCCAUUGAACGCCGUAUAUGACAUUGGAGAAGAACUGUUCUCACGAACAUGCGACGGUAUGGGAGUUGGUGGAAUUGGCAUUUCUGUCAACACAAGUAUGGAAUUGAACACCGACUCUUUCGAACAACUAACAACCUGA